AUGCAGGACUUGUCAGACAGUCCUGUCUUUGCGACUUUCGAGGAGGCUAUCGCCAACAAGGUGGAAGCCACAAAGAGCUUGCUUUCACGGGCAGACAUGGUGGUCGCAGCUGUCCGACAAGCAGAAGCCUCCGCAGCGCGUGCCUUGGAGGUAGCAUCUGCUGUGGAGGAGCAGACUCAGACGGGUGACAUGAUGGACAAGAGCAGGUUGGUGACGGAGCACAUUCAGGCUGCACUCGGAAGGCAGCCUGCGAAGGCUAACCACGAGGUGCCAAGUUGCCUCUCAGCUCCUCCGCCUCCGCCUCCGGUGCCUGGGCCACCAGAAGGGUGGCAGGUCGCACUGGAAUUGGAAGAGGACAUGCGACGAACUGCUGAACAUGUCUGCGACAUGGUGCAGAUUGCCCGACUGGCUGAAUCGGACACCACGAUCGAGCCAGGGGCUCCGCUGAGCUCUUUGGUGUCUCGAGAUGAAGAACUGCUACAAAGCAUGCUGCCGCAAAAGGACAGCAGCGUGGGGGUGCGGAAUGGUCCGUAG